UGAGGGCGCUGGCGGUGUAACCUUUACUGGUUUGGUACAAAACUUCGGGAUAUACUCAUCUUUUACGGAAGGCAGCAGUAUAUGUCCAGAAUUAUCAGUAGAAGAAGACGGCGAAUGUGAUACUUCAGGAAAGUCAGGAGAAGUACAAGAUAUUGGCCAUUUUACAUACAAAUAAAUAAUAGAAAAUGUAUAGCGUUUCGAAGAACGUUUCUAAGCUCGCGCGCAAUUCAAUAGAGCAUGGCGGCCAUAUUGACUGUGUUCUCCCAACCCAGUGCCAAGGAUGUUUGUGCGUGCCUGGCACCACUGCUGUUACAUCGCGGUCGUUGUCGUCAACGUCGUCGUUGUCGUUGUUAUUCUUAUUAUCGUCGUCAACGUUGCUCCCGUCGUUGAAUAGUAAUAGCCAUUGACGUGCAGAGAUAUCGAAUAGUUCAGGACACGGUGAUAACAUUUUGACAGAAUUGACACUUUCUGUUCGCGAGAUGUCAAAUCAAAUAUGUCUAAAAUGGAACAGUUUUUUAAACAACAUAGCAACGAGUUUCGAAAGUCUCUGGGAAGAGGAAGGUUUAGUAGAUGUGACAUUGGCAAGUGAUGGACAGUGUCUUACUGCUCACAAAGUGAUUCUCUCAGCAAGUAGUCCAUUCUUUAAAAAAGUUUUCCAGACAAACCCUUGUCAACAUCCAGUCAUAAUACUUCAAGAUGUGCACUUUAGCGAACUAGAAGCCUUACUUAUAUUUAUAUAUAAAGGAGAAGUAAAUAUCGAGCAAAAGAAUUUGCCAGCGCUUUUAAAAGCUGCAGAGACACUGCAAAUUCGUGGUCUUUCGGGAGGGGAUAUAUUUGCUAAGGAAUCUUAUAAAAGAUUAGUGGAAUUGGAACAAGCGGUGGAAGAAGGAGCAGCUACUGCCAAGGAAGAAACUCCAAAAAAAAAACAAAAAUUAAACAAACAUCAGAAUUCUAUAUUAGAAUCAGCACUGACACCUAAAGUAUCGCAAGUAGAGAGCACGGAUGAAUCUACGACCAGUGAACAGAGUGGCAAAGAGGGAGAUUAUUUAUUGCAGAAAAAUAUGCAAAAUCCGAUAUAUCAUCGUUUAGAAAUGAAGAUAGAACCAUUAGAAACUGUGCUAGAAGAUUCUCAAAAACAAUCUGCAACGGACAAGGACCCAACAGAAAGGUUAGACACAGGGCAACUCGUUGGGAGUCAAGGGGGAUCCGUGUCUAAAGCAGGCUGUGCUCUGAUGUGUGUGGCAGGGUCUGGGAACAGCCCUGCUGAAGACAUUUCCGGUUUAUCUGGGUUAUCCGGCCUAACUGGAUUCUCGGACGUGAAGCCACUGCUAUACGCGUAUCAGCAACUACCUUACGCCGAUCUUCUGCCGAGUCCGGAGAUAAUCUCAACGUGGGCAUCCUCUCGACCGAUGGAUCAUUUGGCCUGUGACCUUAUGAAGAUCCUUUUUACCCCGGAGGAGAGGAUUCUUUGUAACGUAAACGGCAAGAUGGGAAAACAGCAGUUCGAUAGUAACAAAAUACAUUUGAUAAGAGAAGUUUUGCUGCACUUUAGUGGUAUUGCACCUAAUAGCGUGGAAUGGGAGGAAACUUGGAAAAAUUGCGUAACUAAAAUCGAUACUAGCAAUAGGGGUUUGAAGAGGUAUCUAUUCCAAAGGCGGUCGGUUUAUACUCAAUGACUAGGGCGUUUCAGGUCAGGGGUAAAACGGAAACGUUUUCACUGGCUAGAAUGAGGUGUUUCUAUCACUGAUUCGUCGUUUCGAUUGUCUAAGAUCAUCUAGGAUCAUCUUAGAUCGCCUCGAACGUUUCCAUAUCCUUUCUUUUUAAAGAAGGAUGCGAGUAGGUGGAGCGAGAAAAUGGCACGAAAAAGUAGAAUGUGUUCAAAGAAAGAGUAGAGGAACGGGAAGCAUUCUAGGCAUGGUCCAACUACUUAUAUAUAUGCUUCACGUUUGUUUUCACGGGGCAAAUGAUCGAGUAAUUUUACACUAAUUUUAUUUUUUACCAUUGUCUUUCGUUCUGAUAACGAUCACGCAACACGUGCUCCGGAGACUUGUUUCACGGCUGAGGAAGUCGAUCGUUCCAUUUUUUGAUUCCUUUGAUUCUCUUUUUCUUUGUACCUUGCAUCUCGUACGUUGUGCAACGCAACAUUCCUUCCAAUUCUCCAUUUACAAUGUUCACGCAGAUGUGCACUCUCGCCGUAGACGAUCUACAUAACACGAUAUUAAUAGUAAUCGCGUCGUGUCGUAAGGACCCCGCAGAGUUUUUUACGCUCAAAGACGCGACAACUAAGAUCACAUUUGUUAUUGUACGCGCGUAGAUGGAUACAUAGGUGAAGGUGCUUACGUUUACCUUCGUACACACUAUAUACGCGUGCGUGCAUAAUUGCGCUUCGCAUUAUUGACGACUUUAAAAAAGACGAAUACGUCGAAACUAUUACGAUGGAAGUAGUAAUAUAAGAUAUGCUUUUACGAUGUUUAAGGCGUUUAAUAUGCCGUGACGAAACUUCACGCAAACGAUUCGCAGCUAUCGAUAGCACACAAUCUUAUUCUAUCGUUUAUUUUGAAUCAAACGAACACAUAAAUCUGGUUUUCCCAUUUAUUUGUUAUCUUUCUGUUUUUUUCUCGUUUGAUCUUGAGAAGGUACGAAAUGCUUCGAGUUGACUGUUAUUUAAAUCUAUGCGAUUGUAGACAAAAUACACACAUACACGAAAACGACUGGUUGCAAAUAAACCUAUUUUACAUUUUUAA